UGUUUUAGAACUUUGUAGCAAAUCGGUCUGUCUCUUAGGGAGGCUUCUUUGAUCGUUGUAGAACCAAAAGGGAGUGAUUCUCAUACUGCUUCUUUCGGGAGAUCUAUGAUUUCAACAGGAGCAGAGCAUAUACUGGGAUGACAGGGAUGAACUGUGAAGGAUCUACUCAAGCUAACAAGAGGACUUCCCCAGAGGCACCUCCAUUGCCUGAUUUAGCGACUUCCAAUUAUCAUCGGAAGGCAUUGGUGGUAAAUGGAGUACCAUUAAGGGGAUACACCUGUGUUCUGGUGGAAACUCGGGAGUUGUGGAAACAUCUCUUCAGUGAAGGUUAUAGAGCAGAUGUUUCUAUUCAUACUGAAAACAGUGGUGUCAUUAAUGCACAUGCUAGCAUUCUUGGUGUGGCUUCUCCUGUGAUGAAGAGAAUGUUAAACCAUUCGGAAGGCCGUGGUUGUCGGCAAUCAAUCUCCAUCAAGGGUGUUCUGCAUGAGGCAGUCCAAGUCUUCAUUCGCUUCUUGUAUUCUUCCUGCUAUGAACAAGAAGAGAUGACCAAAUAUGGCUUGCAUUUGUUGGUGUUGUCACAUGCUUUUGUGGUUCCCCAACUGAAGAAAGAUUGUGAGUGGCAACUAGAGCACAAUUUGCUUACAACAGAGAAUGUAUUUGACAUCUUACAGCUUUCACUUCUCUGUGAUGCACCUCGACUUAGCCUCUUUUGUCACCGUCUGAUCCUAAAGAGCUUCGAGGUUGUUUCUACAACUGAAGGAUGGAGGGUGAUGAAGCAAAGCCACCCCAGGCUUGUAAUGGAACUGUUAGAGUCAGUUGUCGAACCUAAUUCGAAGAAACAAGAAAGGACAAGAAAGCUUCCAGACAAGAAUAUGUACUUGCAAUUAUACGAGGCAAUGGAAGCCCUUGUUCAUAUAUGCAAAGAUGGAUGUCGGACUAUUGGUCCCCAUGACAAGGUUUUAAAAGGGGACCAGGCGCCUUGUAGUUUAGCAGCAUGCAGGGGGCUAGAGUUGCUCAUCCGUCACUUUGCAGGUUGCAAGAUGCGGGUUCCUGGUGGUUGCAUUCAUUGCAAGAGAAUGUGGCAGUUCCUGGAACUACAUUCUCAUCUUUGUGCUAGGCCUGAUGUGUGUAGGGUUCCAUUGUGCAGGAAAUUUAAGGAGAGAUUUCUGCAACAAACCAAGAAGGACAAUAUGAAGUGCGAAAUAUUGGCGAAAAAGAUUUUGACUACAAAGAGCAAUCCUAGAGCUCCAUUCUUUUCAUUGACAAAUGUUGUCUGUGCUUGAGGUGGGAGGUUGGUUCCUCAUCCAAGCUCUUGUUGUAAGCUUGGGUUCACUGCCUGUACUCUUGAGAAUACAUUGGUGAGAAGAUCAGUGAUGUCUCUUUGUACCUCAAUCGGAAAGUAAUAAAGCAGCAGAGAACCACUUGCGAAAUUAGCCCCUGCUCACUGUGAAUUUUAAUGACGCAUGAGAAAAAAUGGGAUAAAAAGGAUGAUGAACUACAAAAGUCCAGAAGGUGAUGGGGCAUUUCAACUUUGAUUAUGGUCAUUUGGAGAUUGCGAUCAUCCCACGGCUCUCCUGAAGAAUGAAAGUCAGAACUCAUCAUAUUGUCCUUUUCCUUU